AUGGGUCGAGAUCCGACACCAAGUGAGUUACAUUUGCAUGUUCACACACAUGGUCAUGAUAGAAAAUCUUUCGUUGAUGAACGUUCCCAAAUUGUCCAUGAAAGAUUUGAAGAAAUACUGCGAGAAAAAAUAUUAUCAGAAUAUGUUAUUGAUCAAAUUGAAACAUAUUACCAAGCUGCCGGAGGAAAAAAGAGGCGAAGAGUAUUUGGUCUUAGAUCUGAAGCCCAAGGCUACUACGGGCAAACUCUUUGCGUUUCUUGUGGAAAGACUUCAUCUUCAGUUUCACAUGAAUCAGUACCAGCUGCAGAUUCGGAAUUGGAUGCAUUUGUGAAGCGAUUGAUUCCCGCACUUAAAAAUCAAUUUAUUCCUAUUGUUAUUGAGGAGGUACAGAAGUUGGUUUCUUCACCGUCAGUUGUCACACCUCCGGCUACUACUUUGGACGAUCUUGAUUUCUUAGAUGAUGAUUGCAAUGAUCUUGAUCUGUUGUGA